GUCUAUGUUUAAAUGGGUCUGAAGAGUCUACAAUGUAGAUUUUUACUCGAUAUUAAUUAUUUACUACCGGUUCUUUUGCUCGAUCUCAAUUGUCUUUAUCAAAUUUCAUCAUGAACAUUUUAUGUGUUAAAUCAAUUACUUCAUAAUUGUCAUUAUGACGGAUCAAUGUACAGAAUUAAAUAUGAUUUCUAUGGAUUUAUCAGGACCUUUUUCACUGCUUCUGGAAUAAUGCAUUGCUUUGGAGAUAUUGACAUAAUCUUUUCCCAUAAUGGUUGAUCCAAAUAGUGAAGGUUAUGAGUUAAUACUACAAAAUCUAAGGAGUCUUCUUCCGAAUAAGCCAAGUUCGGAGUUAAGCUGUGAUAAUGAUAAAAUUGAGGAUAUGGUCAAUUUUUUGACAAGUCAAAAGAUUAAAUCUAUUUUUUCUAUUUGCUCGAUUUUUUUCGAUUGUAAUUCUUCAGUACGAAAACCUAAACCAAUAUUCGACAAGAGCUUCAAUUUAGCUAUUGAUGUGAGAGAUGCAUUGUCCAAAGAAUGGAUUGAUGAAGCCCAAAGAUUGUGUUCAAUUCUUAACAGUGAUCAUUUUCAAGCCCUCCUCUGGAUUCAUGAUAUUGUUGCUAAUAAACAAUAUGAACCUUGUCUUCCUGAAGAUUAUGAAAAUUCUUCGAUGGAUUUUUCUUCGAUUGAUGAUGAAUUGGCUUCUGUUAAAAUUGUCCAGGUUAUCAAAAACCAGGAGCCAUUAGGUGCAACAAUUAAAUUUGAGGACCAAACUGGCAACAUCGUGAUUUCUCGAGUUAUCCACGGAGGUGCUGCUCACCGCAGUGGUCUGAUCAAUGUCGGUGAUAGUAUUCAUGAAGUCAAUGGCUACAGUCUUAAGGGUCGCUCUUUCAUGGAGAUUCUUUCCAUGUUGGAACAUGAAUGUAGAAACAGUGUUAUCUCAUUCAAACUCCUUCCUGGUUAUUAUGGUUCCUCUAGUCACUCCAGAGGAGAACUGAAUGUUAGAUUGAAAGCAUUGUUUGAUUAUUACCCAUCACAGGAUCCUAGUCACCCUUGCCCAGAAGCUGGUUUGGCUUUCAAGAAAGGCGAUAUUCUUCAUGUAGUAAAUAUGGAUGAAGAAGAUUGGUGGCAAGCUCGACGUGAAGCUUCAAUAAACGACGAACACCUUGACCCAUUCUAUUAUACAGUGAUACAAGCUGGACUUAUUCCUUCCAAAUCAUUACAAGAGAAAAGAAUGGUUGCUUCAAGAGAUAUCCGUGAUUUACGAGAAUACAACCGAUUGAAGCAUUUGAAAAAUAAUCAUCCUGUCAGAUAUAAAAUUAAAAGAAGCCUAAACAAGUAUCGUAAAGUUAAAAAGAUAAUGUACAGAGUUAAAGACGCAGAUGAAUUUGUGAGAGAAGAUAUUGUUACCUAUCUCGAAGUCGAUAUUCUGAAAUCUUCAACCAAUUCUACUUAUCGACCUCUAAUUCUUAUUGCACCAUACCCACUUGAUACUAAUCGCCUAAUCGACAAUUUAAUCGAACAUGAUUCAAGACUUUUUAGUCGACCUGUGGCACACACUACACGACAACCAUAUGAUUGGGAACGUGAUGGUUUUGAUUAUCAUUUUGUUUCUGUUCAAUGGUUUCUCAAUGAAGUCAAAAGCUCUCGCUUUCCUGAAUAUGGGAAAUUCAGGGACAAUUAUUAUGGUGUUCACCUUUCAUCAAUCAUUUCUAUCAUUGAAAAGGGCAAAUUAUGCCUUCUCAACCCAAACCCUCGAGCUCUUAAAUUACUUUAUACUCCAAAAAUCAAGCCAUACAUUGUUUUUUUACGACCAUCUUACGACCUUUUGUUCCAAAAGUCAUCCAAAUUCAUUCCUCUAUGCAUCAACAGUGACUAUCUUCCUGUUAAAACAAUUGAUCUCAAACAAAUGGCUUUAAACUCUAUGAAAUUGGAAUAUUUGUACAGUCAAUACUUCGAUCGCAUUUUGACUGUCGAAGAAGAGGAACAGAUAAUGAAAUGUCUUUUUGAUACAGUUAAACUUAUUAACAUUGAAGAUCAAUGGGUACCCGCUACAUGGAUAUCAUAAUAGCUAUCUUAAUUUGUAUUCAAUUUUCAAUGAUCAAUCACCAUUGCCCUAGUAUUUUAAAUUAUUUCCAACAAUCAAAUGGAAUCUGUCCUUUUUUAAUCCAACUGUAAUUUUUACUCAAUUCCUUACAUCAUGUAAUUCUAGUCUGAUAAAAUUAUACAACAGUAUCGUUCAACUUUACCAUGUAACAGGUAUUAAAAUAAAUUAUUCUAAUAAUUUUGAUCGAAAA